UUUGUACUUUGCUAUUUUUCAAAGAAUGUAAUGAAUUCUUUUUUUCUUAGUAUCUCGUGGAGGACCCAGUGAUCCACGCCUAGCUUCACAUCCAGCUCCUCAUGCCGUGCAGAAUUAUAAUCCUUUUAUACCUGUUGAACCUUUAACAAUGGUUAAUAGCCGAAGUAGCAUUCACCAUAGUUCCAUGAUGCCACCACCUCAGAGUACUGAUAGAGGUUCAUGGGCUCCUAUGACAUCAAAGAGUGAUGCCUAUAAGAUUCCACAAAAUCCAUCAAGCAGUAACUCAUACGGAGCUCCCUCGAAUCCAUCAAGAAUUAGUGCAUAUGCAGUUUCACAAAAUCAAUCAAGAAACAGUGCGUAUGGUCCUCCUCAGAGUUCUCCGUAUUCGAGACAGCAACAGCAUCCUGACAGAAAUCAGCAAAGGGACACACGGAAUUAUCCUCCUCCUCCUUCUCAGACUAGUAGGUCAUAUGGACGAUACUGAAAACUCAUUCCACAAGGCAUUCACUCAUUCAUCGUUGACUACUAGCCUGUGAAAGCUUAUGUUUCUGCUUUGAAAGUUGACUGAAUUUUAGUUUAAUUCUAAAUAUUUAAUACCUCAUUUGCAUAAAAAUUAAAUAAGGGAAAACUUCAUUAUAUUUAAUUUAUUAUUAUAUUUCCAAUUUUUAAUAACCAUAGACCUAAUUUUAAAAAGAGCCAGGUUUUAAAACUGUUAA